UCAGCUUUACUGUUGAGAAAUUAACGUGUGUCUGUCGCUUUCUGAGACAAAAUGACGAUAACAACUUGCCAGAAGGUUACGCUAAUAUCAUGCUCUGUUCUCUGUGUUUCCCUCUUCCUGCCUAGGAUGCUUUUACCCAGAGGGAAAAAGGAAAAGGGGCAUCCUGAGGUUGGACCAGGGUUCUACCCGCCUGUGAUGCAUCAGCUGUCAGGGCAGGAAGACCCAGAUCAGUGGGAUGUGGACCUUUCCCCUUCACUGACACACACUGUUGAGGCCAUGGCAAAAGUGAAAAGCAUCGGAAGAGGCAAAAAAUACAAUCUGAUGGCUCAAGUUAUACCCAUCUAUGGCUUUGGGAUCCUGCUUUACAUCAUUUAUAUCAUCUAUAAGCUGACGUGUAAAGGAAAGACAAAUAAAUCGGGAAACCACUCCACAGUGACAAACGCAAACAUGUCAAAUACGAUUAACUGUGCAGCAACUGAUUGUGAGCUUGCCAGACUUCAGGAAAGACUUCUGCAAACAGAAAUGAUGAUGGAAAGGAUUGUCUCAGAGAAAGCUCAUUUUUCUUCAAGUGGCAGGAGGCGGAAGAGUAAAUCCUCAAUAUCAAAGAAAGAAGAGAAGCUGCUCAAGCAACUUAGACAGAUCACAAUGCUGAUGCAGGAGGGUCGCUUAGACGGGGCUUCCCCAGAGAUGGAGGCUGAGGAAGUACCCUAUAGUGCAGACUGGGAAGGCUACCCAGAGGAGACCUACCCAGAGUAUGACGUGCCCCAUGACAAAUGUGGGUUUGAGACCAUCAAGCAGCUGGAGGAACUCCCCAGCCAGCCCACUGCUGAGGCCCUGGCAGAGAGUAUGGAACAAGAAGAGGAAGAGAUUGCAGGAAGGAAACUCUCCAUACUUCAAGAGGAAGACGAGGAGGAAGAGAACAGAGAAGAAGAUGAAGAUGAUGAGGAUGAAGAGGAAGAGGAAGAAGUGGAGGAGAUAGAGGAAGGCAUGGAGGAGGAAGAGGAGGAGGAGGAUGAGGAGGAAGAAGAGGAGGAAGCAGAGAAAAAGCACCUGCUCAGUCUCCCUCUGUCUACCGCUGAGAGAAAGCAGGAGAGAGUUGGUUUGGAAGUGAGCGAAGAGCUGCAGCGUCCAAACAGAGGAAAGAAGAAAAUAACCUUUAGUGACCAAAAACAUGUCUUCCACUACCCCAGAGAGGAAACUUUUGAGGAGGAUGAAGGCAAAGAAGAAGAGGUGGAGGAAGAAGAUGAAGAGACAGAGGUUGAGGAAGAAGAAGAUGAAGAGGAGGGAGAAGCUGAAGAAGAAGAAGAAGAUGAUGAUGAUCCACUGAUGGAAGCAGAGAGCCUCCAAUUUGGUAGCGAAGGCUCCUCGAACCCAGAGGAAGAGGCAGAGGAGGAUAAAGAAGAUUUUAUGUUAACAUCAGUGCCGGUGGAGGGUGGAGGUCAUAUUCACGUGGGCACGCCGAAAGAAGUCGGGGUGAGCGGGCUGAGGAUGCGGAACAGGAGAGAGACUUAAAGGGCUGUUCUUGCAUCACAAACACGCUUUUAAACAUAAAGUGAACUCAGUCUUCCUUCUGUCUUCACCCUCAUUCCCCACAUGAUUAAACUGUUGAACCCAAACUAAACAAAAACACAAUAGUUGUGCAAA